UUGUUUCUGUACUUUCUAGUUCUACUUGCACACUUCCAAGUUCCAACAAAAGACAAACCUUUCUCUCACUACAUACUCUGCAACAACCUCAACUACAACAAAAUCAACAAUAUUCAACCAACAUCAAAUUUUGCACUGAAUCAAAGGUUUCUUUUCUUCCCAGUGCACAAAAAUCACCAUCCUUCCCUAAAAAAAUCUCUCCUUUUCUCGGAACCCAAUUCCAACACUUCUCUAUUUUCCAUAAAGAAAUGGAUGCAUAGAGUUUGAUAUUAUCUAAUUCUCCAUAAAUUCCAAGUAACAGAAGAGGAUGAGAGUAUCAUUGGUCAGUUGAACUAAAUAACCGAAGCGAACUGCUGGAAAAAUGGGAGGUUGCUGUUGUUCUGCCAGAAAACCUCAUCUUCACGGAACGCCGGUGUAUUACUAUUGUUCGCCAGCUUUGGAAGAGCGCGAGUCUCUAACCUCUAACGACGGUAAUGGGACAGCUGCUUCACUCACCACCGGACUGCUCAUCGGCUUGAACUUGGAAUCAUCCAUACCAGAUACUUACCAGUCGCCUCCUGCGCCUCUACCGUAUGAUACUGUCCUGAGAGGUCCUGCAUCAACAGAUUCCGAGUCAGGUAGAGAAACCAUUAGUGGUAGUAGUUUCGAAAUUUUAGUUACAUGUGAAGAUCUUGAAGAAUCAGAUUGUAAAGCUCAACCUAAAUCGGCACCCUUGUCUCCAAGGAAGCCGGAACCUUUAAAAUCAAAUGAAUCUCAUGCAUUGGUGACAGAAGAAGAGGAUGUAUGUCCAAUUUGUCUAGAAGAAUAUGAUGCUGAGAAUCCCAAAACACUGACGAAAUGCGACCACCACUUUCACCUGUCAUGCAUUCUCGAGUGGAUGGAAAGAAGCGACUCGUGUCCCAUAUGUGAUCAGGAGAUGAUCUUUGACCAGCCACUGGAUUAGUUCGAUUGGUUUACAAGAAAAAAUUUCUGCUAAAUGCAAUGGAAGAUAUAUGAAACUCAUUGUUUGAUAAGUGAAUUCAUUUUUCAAUUCAUCAUGCAAUUUUAAGAAGUCAUUGUUCUAGUGAUCACACAAUCUAUCAGAAGAAGAAGAAGAAUGAAUGAAGAGUUUUUGACAGAAUGCUACACCAAAUUGCAUGCAUGGAUGCAUCUCUCACUGCAAUUCCCUAAUGUUUGGAUCUUUGUUGUACAAAUUUGUUCAUAUUUGUUUGUUUGUUGUUUCUCUAUGCUGCAGAAAAAGGGGAAAAAGGAAACAAAAAAGAAAGAUGUAUAGAUUUUAUAAAUCAAGUUUGCUUCACAUUUUCAAUGUAUAUGUUAUAUUAUACUUUUUUUUUUUAAGGAUCAAAUUUAUUGUUGUUGUUUUUAUAGUCUAUAGUCUAUAAUUUCA